CAAAUAAUAAUUUCUUUUUUGGUGACUUUCAUCUUUUGAAAUCUUUUUAGAAAUUCCUCUUAAAAUCAAUCAAUCGAAUCAAAUCAAGUCAAAUCAAUCAGAAAAAUCAGAAAAAUAUGGGCGAUCAAGGACAAAAAGGUGUACAAUUUUUGGAAGAAGCGCAAAAAAAAUUGAAAAAUUCACAAGGAUUUUUAUCAUCAUUUUUUGGUGGUGGUUCCAGAAUCGAUGAAGCAAUCGAUUUAUAUGUACGUGCUGCUAAUUCAUUUAAAAUGGCUAAAAAAUGGGGAGAGGCUGGAAAUGCAUUCAUUGAAGCAGCACAAUUACAUUUGAAACAGAAUAACAAACAUGAUGCUGGUACAUUGUUUGUUGAUGCAGCUAAUUGUUUUAAAAAAGUUGAUCCAAAUCAAUCGAUACGUUGUUUGGAAAAAACAAUAGAAUUAUAUCAAGAUAUGGGAAGAUUUACAACCGCUGCCAAACAUCAUAUAUCGAUUGCUGAAAUUUAUGAAUCAGAAUUAGUUGAUUUUGAUAAAACUGUACUACAUUAUCAAACGGCAGCUGAUUAUUAUCAAGGUGAAGAAUCAAAAGUUAGUGCUAAUCGUUGUCUAUUGAAGGUGGCACAAUAUUCAGCACUUAAAGGAGAUUUUCAAAAGUCGGCUGAAAUUUAUGAACAAGUUGCUGGUACUUGUAUUGAAUCACCAUUGUUAAAAUAUUCAGCUAAAGAACAUUAUUUUCGUGCAACAUUAUGUCAUAUGUGUGUUGAUGUUUUGAAUGCUGAAAAUGCAUUGAAAAAAUAUCAAGAUUGUUUUCCACAUUUUAUUGAAUCACGUGAAUGUAAAUUUCUGCAAACAUUAAUCAAUAAAUUGGAAGAAAAUGAUUCAGAAGGUUUUACACAAGCCAUUCAGGAUUAUGAUUCAAUUUCACCAUUAGAUUCAUGGUAUACAAAUCUUUUAUUACGUAUCAAACAAAAUAUUGAAAAUGAACCGGAUCUUAAAUAAAUAUGGGAAACAAAAAUCGAAUUCAAAUUAUCAAUCGAAGGAAGCAAAAGCAAAAAACAAUUCCAAUUCAA